AUGGAGUGUGAUAAGGCGCCAAGGGCGAAGAAGGGGCAGCGGCCGGGUCUCUGGCAGUUGCGCGCGACGACUGCGAGGGGCAUAGCUGCAGGCGGCGAGCCCCCAACCCAGCGCCGGCCCGUCCGCUCUGCCUCUCGGCGAAACCCGCCAGCACCCAGCGCCGCGCCGCUCUCACCGCCCGAGCCCUGCGCGGCGCUAGAGCGCCCCGCCCGGCUUCCCGGCUCUCACUUUCCUCCCACCCGGUUCGCGGCGCUCGGGGGCCAGGCGGGGAUGGAGCCGAGUUGCUCCAGCCGGGCCAGCCUGCCCCCUCCUCUUCCAGCCCCAGCGUCCCUGCCCUGGCUUGCUCGAAGGACUGUCUCCUUGGAGAACGCUGGAAGAAGCCCCUUCCCCGGGCAGAAGCUUUUCCUGUCAACAGCUUUUCUUUCCCCGGCAUGGAACUCAUCACAGAAGCAAAAUCGAUGAGGGGCCACAUCCCGCUUAUCCUCCA